CUUGGCGACGAAAUUCGUCCCUGCGCUUCACCGACGCCGCGACAUAUUUCGUCCCUUGUCUCUUUUGCUUUUCCCACGGUUUGGAUAACCAACAUUCACCCAAAAACCAUAUUCGUUCCCUACCGCCUCCCGACUCUUUGAGGAUCAUCCGACAUUACCUGCCACUAUCAAGUGAAGAACCAUCAAAAUGUCGGACGGAGAAGAGCCCACUUCCCCCGUUGCCCAGGCCGAUGAGGUCGAAGUCUCCGCCGAGACUGGCGCUGCGUCUGGAUCCAUGUCCGUCCUUGAUGCUUUGAAAGGCGUCCUCAAGAUCGCCCUCAUCCACGACGGUUUGGCCCGUGGCCUGCGCGAAGCCUCCAAAGCCCUCGACCGCCGCCAGGCACACAUGUGUGUCCUCAACGAGGCCUGCGAGGAGGAAGCGUACAAGAAGCUCGUCAUCGCUCUGUGCUCGGAGCACAAGAUCCCCCUGAUCAAGGUCCCCGACGGCAAGAUGCUGGGCGAAUGGGCCGGUCUCUGUGUCUUGGACCGCGAGGGCAACGCCCGCAAGGUCGUCAACUGCUCCUGCGUCGUGGUUAAGGACUGGGGCGAGGAGAGCCAGGAGCGCAAUGUCCUGCUCAACUACUUCCAGACCGAGCAGUAAACUACUUGCCCGACUCUGAGUCCGAGUCUGGACCCGACCACUACUGGCACCGUCACUCUGUCAUCGAUGACUUUCAAUUUUUCAAUCCGGCGUACUAGUACUCUCGAUGCUUCAAUCCAACGACAAUUUGGUACUCUUUCGAAUUGCGCAAUGCUCGGGAGGAGCUGGGUUGAGGUGGAGGCCCGGUGAUGGAUGACUUUGUUUGAUGGGCGAGGAACAGUCACUUUUCCGCUUUUCGCUAUGAGUCAGUCAGCAAGACAUGCCAUGGCGGCAAACGUUCUCUGUGCGCUGUAAUUCAAUACCUAUGCACAUGGACUCUUUCAUACGGGAGGGGUGGACAAGACAAAAACAAGGAGACAAAACAGUACUGAAAACCCAACUGCCCUUCGGUUAGGUAGUUGAAUGGCCAGACAAAAAUCCAAAGACCAAAAGCACUGUUGCCAGUGUUGACACACAUGCAUUCACUCCAUAUUGUAAUCCACACCGUGAUCAGAAGUUCAAUCAAUUAUAGUAGUAGGUUGAGCGAAGCCCG